CACCUCCCUUCAAGUACUAUCAAACUAUUUGCUUAAGAUCAAGUACGCCACUGCAAGAAAUCCAAAGUAUAAAUCGCAUCAAAACGCAAAGCUUUAAAAACUUUUCUGGUUUUUUUUCUUCUUCUUUUUUUUUUUUUUUUUUUUUUUUUUACUUUUCUGCUUUUUCAUUUGCUCUUUAUGUGAUGCAUGUGUGACCUGUAUUUCACCAUGUAAAGUCAGUGAGUGAGUCACGGUGGGCCCCGUAGAGUUCUUCCUUUUUCUCUCCUGGUCUUUUGUGUCACCAGUACAAUUUUUUUCUUCACAGAGAAGUUUUGUUCUUUACUUCAUCGGCAAGUUUUGACCGACUUAGCCGCCCACUAUAUAAGUAUAUCCAGCACACUGACUGACUUCGUGGGAAAAGAAGAAGAAAAAGGAGGAGGAGAGACUUGAGUUGCAGAUAGAAAGGAGGGAGAUACACCAUUUUUGCUUUGAGUCAUCUCACGUUUGGAAUGCAGCAAGGCUUACAGAAUUAAUUCCAGUAGAAUACGUGGAUUCUUUCAUCAGCUGUCUUACGUACAUCCAUCAAAAUGAUGAUAUCUGGUCUGAAGAGCUCAACAUCAACAUGGUUCGAAGCGUAUGCAGCCCUGUCCACAUCAAUCAUGAUUUUACAAACCGCCACCAAUCAACUUUUACCUGCGCGUCUUCGGUCAUUCAUCUUCUCAAUACUUAAGCGCUUCUUCUCCGGUUACUUCGUUUCUCAUGUCACGAUCACCAUCGAUGAGCUGUGGGAGGACCACCAUAACGAACUCUAUGAUGCUGUCAAAGAAUUCCUGCCUUCCAAGAUUACUGAUGCAAACAAGAAUCUUACAGUCGGCAGUUUAACGAGGAAUGAUAAGAUAGCCGUGGCUGUCCAAGAUGGAGAAGCCGUGGAGGAUGUCUUUGGCAACGUCAAGCUCACCUGGAGAUUUUGCGUUCAGGAAGAACAGCGAGGUGGACAACAAAAUCAUAAUAUUAAGCCAGACGUGACGCGUAUGUACCAGCUAACUUUCUGCGAAAAGGAUAGGGGGAAAGUCAUGGAUUCUUAUUUGCCUCAUGUCCUGAGCCAAUACAGAGCCAUCAAAAAGGGAAGGAAGGCGAUGAAGAUCUACAAUAGGACGAUUCAUAGUCGAUCAUGGACAGCAUUGGCACUACAGCAUCCAUCCACAUUCGACACACUCGCCAUUGAACCUCAGUUGAAAAAGUGUAUUAUCGAUGACCUGGAUCGGUUCCUGAGGAGGAAGGAUUUCUACAAAAAGGUUGGCAAGCCUUGGAAGCGCGGUUAUUUAUUGUAUGGCCCUCCUGGAACUGGGAAAUCCAGCAUGAUUGCGGCCAUGGCUAAUUACUUGAAGUUUGAUGUCUACAAUUUGGAUCUCACCACUUUCUUCUCUGAUUCUGAACUCAUGGAAGCGCUGCGUUGUACGUCCAGUCGUUCUGUAAUUGUGGUUGAGGACAUAGACUGCAAUAAAGUGGUACACGAUCGAUCCAAAGAAGCUGCUGAGGUAGAUCCCAAGUUCGUUAAGGUCACACUCUCGGGUCUACUAAAUGCCAUGGAUGGUUUGUGGUCAGGUAGCGGAGACGAACGAAUCAUAGUGUUUACUACAAAUCACAAAGAGCUAAUAGAUCCAGCAUUGUUACGUCCUGGUCGAAUGGACAUGCACAUAAACUUGUCCUUCUGCACCGUUAAUGGCUUCCGGAUCUUAGCCUCCAAUUACCUGGACGUCCAAACCCACCCACUCUUUGAGUCAAUUGAAGGCUUGCUAAAGAAACUACAAGUGAGUCCCGCAUCAGUGGCAGAAGAAUUAAUGAAGAGCGAUGAUGCUGAUGUUGCUCUUGGAGAACUUUUUGAGUUCCUUAAGCGAAAAGAAGAGAUGGAGGUCAAUGAAAUCGAAGCAUCUGAAUCAAAACAGAGUUGUCCUUGAGCGAAAAAAAAAAAAGAGAUGGGGGGCAAUAAAAUCGAUGCAGGUUGAACAUUGAUGACAAACGAAGAGCAAGCUAGCAAGAAAAGAGUUUUUUUUUUUUUUUUUUUUUUUUUGAAAACUAGCAAGAAAAGAGUUAUGUGUGCAUUAGGGAGACUUAAUUAAGAGUGCCCUUUUUUUCUAAAUAUUUGAAAUUCUAAUAUUUUUAAUUUAACUUCGUUAAGUUUGUCGUUUAUUUGGUUCUAUAAUAUUUACUUUAACAA